AUGGCAAUCGAAGAGUGUUUGGUAGAGUGGGGAAUUACCAAAGUGUUGUCUAUCACGGUAGAUAAUACUAGCUCAAAUGAUGUUGCAUUGCAAAAGUUAAAAGGUAAAAUUGGUAAUUGGGAUACUAGUGUCUUGAAUGGUGAACAUUUGCAUUUGAGAUGUGUUGAUCACAUCUUAAAUUUAAUUGUUAAAGAUGGAUUGAGUAUAUUUGAUGGAUCAAUUAGUAAGGUGAGAAGUGCCGUUAAGUAUGUGAGACAAUCUCCCGCUCGAGAGAUGAUGUUUAUGGAAUGUGCAAAAUAUGAGAGAAUUGAGACUAAAAGAUCUUUAAUUCUUGACGUGGAUACUAGAUGGAAUUCCACCUAUCAAAUGCUAGAUGUGGCGGAGAAAUAUGAAAGAGCAUUUGAUAGGUAUGAUACACAAGAUCCUGGGUAUAAAAAACAUCUCAAGUCGGGCAAUGUUGAUGGAAGGCCUACAAGUCAAGAUUGGGUUACCAUUAGGAAAUUUGCAUUGUUCUUGAAAUUUUUUUAUGAUCUAACUUGCAAGAUUUCGAGAACUCUUUAUGUUACUUCUAACAUUUUUUUGCAUGAGAUAUAUGCCGUUCAUGCCAUCUUGAAUGAAUGGACAUAUGGUGUUGAUGGUCAAAUGGUUAGUAUUGGAAGGGAGAUGUUGGCGAAGUUUAACAAGUAUUGGGGUGAUCCAACCAAAAUGAACAAUCUUUUAUUCAUUGCGGUGGUAUUUGAUCCAAAGCACAAGUUACAAUUUAUGGUGUAUAUGCUAAAGCACAUGUAUGGAAAAGAGGUAGGGGGAAUGAUUGGAAAGUCUUUGGAAGAAACAUUGUAUAAAAUGUUUAAUGAGUACAAAACUAAAAUGUCUAAAAACAACGAAAGAGAUGGGGCUAUAGAGAAAAGAAGAGAUGACAACAUUGGCCAAGUGCAUCCAUCUCAAUUGUUGAGGAUGCAAUUUGAGAAAGAUAUUGCAAUGAUUCAAGUGAUGGGAGUGCAUCGGAUUUAA